UGGUGGUGCUGAGGGGGGGAGGUGGAGUGUUGAAGGAUUUCUGAGCUGCUGAUGAUCGCGCCCACAAAGUGAGAGCUAACCGAGCGCACAGGAUUUCUCCUGCGCUGCCUUUGUGCGCCUGGCCGGCGACCCCUUGCUUGUCCUGCGUGCUGUGGAGGGCAGCAAGGACAGAUAACGACGACCAAGAAAUUGGGAAGAAGAGCCAGAAGAAGCAGGUUCGAGAUGAGCCGCGUUUGCUGAAAACCCAGUCCUGCUCAGGACGUCGCGACAGAAAGUUCUCAUUUCUCCAGUCCAGGUGGAGGGUCCAGUUGGAGAUGCACGUGCCACGUCGACCUUGUUUCCUGCGCUGCUUCUUGGAGAUCCCACGUCAACAUCAACGCGGUCAACUUUCCUAAAAAACAAAGCAAAAAGAAGGGAAGAAAGAAAAGUGAAUGGAAUGUAAGCAGCUGGACUGCAAGAGCAUCGUCUGUCCAGCGUAGCGGACAUUGGUAUGGAGUGAAGGUGGGACGUUUUGCGUUCGUUUCUGCACCCGCGUCGUCCACGUCCGCAGCAUGGGCCAGCCUGAAGGCGAAGCGCCUCGAGACAUGGGCGCGGAGCGCGAGGGGAACGGCGCCGAGGCGAGCGCUGGAGAGGCGAAGCAAGCCAAGGCUCAGCGCGCGCGCACCAUGGCCCUUUACAACCCCACCCCGGCCAGACACAACUGCCUCACCGUCAACAGGUCCCUGUUCAUCUUCGCCGAGAACAACAUCAUCAGAAAGUACGCGAGGAGGAUCAUAGAGUGGCCUCCAUUUGAAUACAUGAUCUUGGCUACCAUUAUCGCCAACUGCAUCGUGCUGGCUCUGGAACAGCAUCUGCCUGGAGAGGACAAGACACCCAUGUCCAAAAGACUGGAGAAGACAGAGCCCUACUUUAUUGGAAUCUUCUGUUUUGAAGCUGGCAUCAAGCUGGUGGCCCUGGGGUUUGUUUUCCAUAAGGGCUCCUACCUGAGGAACGGCUGGAAUGUCAUGGAUUUUAUCGUAGUGCUGAGUGGGAUUCUGGCCACUGCUGGAGCUCACAUGAACAUCCCGGUGGAUCUGAGGACUCUGAGAGCAGUGCGAGUCCUGAGGCCCCUCAAACUAGUCUCAGGAAUCCCCAGUUUGCAGAUCGUUUUGAAGUCCAUCAUCAAAGCGAUGGUGCCGCUGCUACAGAUUGGCCUCCUCCUCUUCUUUGCCAUCUUGAUGUUCGCCAUCAUCGGCCUGGAGUUCUACAGUGGGAAGCUCCAUCACACCUGCCUGCCCAUUCCCAGUAUCCUCGAGAACGAAACGCUGGACUCGUCAGAGGUGGAGUUUGCCUGUGGAGUGCGAAAGUGUCCGGAGAAGUACGACUGCAACGGGACGUGGAUCGGGCCAAACGACGGCAUCACCCAAUUCGAUAACAUCCUCUUUGCAGUGCUCACAGUGUUCCAGUGCAUCACCAUGGAGGGCUGGACUGCUGUGCUCUACAAUACUAAUGACGCACUGGGUCCCACAUGGAACUGGAUGUACUUCAUUCCUCUCAUCAUUAUUGGCUCCUUCUUCGUGCUGAACCUGGUUCUGGGUGUUCUCUCAGGUGAGUUUGCUAAAGAGAGAGAGAGGGUGGAGAACCGGCGAGCCUUCAUGAAGCUCAGGCGGCAGCAGCAGGUGGAGAGGGAACUCAACGGCUACCGUGCCUGGAUCGACCGAGCUGAGGAGGUGAUGCUUGCAGAGGAGAACAAAAACUCUGGAAGGUCUGCAUUAGAUGUGUUGAAACGAGCUACGAGCAAGAAGAACGCGAGACGUCGAGGAGAGGAUAAAUAUUCUGAAAUCUCAACAGUUGGUGGUCCACGGCCACCUGUAAACUUCCGCAGCGGAAGACGGGGUCCAGCCGCCUACCUGAGGCGUAAAGAGCGCAUGCUGCGCUUCUCCAUCCGCCGCAUGGUCAAGACAGACAGCUUCUACUGGAUAGUGCUCAGUCUGGUGGCCCUCAACACCAUCUGUGUGGCCAUCGUCCACCACAACCAGCCUGAAUGGCUAACCAUCCUUCAGUACUAUGCAGAGUUCGUGUUUCUGGGACUCUUUCUUGCUGAGAUGUUUUUGAAGAUGUAUGGCCUUGGCUUCCGCCUCUACUUCCACUCCUCCUUCAACUGCUUCGACUGUGCGGUGAUCGUCGGCAGUAUUUUUGAAGUGGUUUGGGGAUUUUUUAGGCCUCAAAUGUCUUUUGGAAUCAGCGUCCUUAGAGCUUUACGACUGUUAAGAAUCUUUAAGAUAACCAGGUACUGGGCAUCCUUGAGGAACUUGGUAGUGUCUCUGAUGAGCUCCAUGAAGUCCAUCAUCAGCCUCCUCUUCCUGCUCUUCCUCUUUAUUGUCGUUUUCGCUCUGCUUGGGAUGCAGCUCUUCGGUGGGAGGUUCAUCUUUAAAGAUUACACCCCUGCCAACUUUGACACAUUCCCAGCUGCUAUCAUGACUGUCUUUCAGAUUCUGACAGGUGAAGACUGGAAUGAGGUGAUGUAUAAUGGGAUUCGUUCGCAGGGAGGAGUACAGUAUGGCAUGUGGUCCUCCAUUUAUUUCAUUGUGCUGACACUGUUUGGGAACUACACAUUGCUCAAUGUAUUCUUGGCCAUCGCUGUUGAUAAUCUUGCCAAUGCCCAGGAAUUAACCAAGGUACAGGAUGAAGAGGAGGAAGAGGAGUUUUUUAACCAGCGAUACAAGGGCCGGGAGUUUGGCCUUUCAGAGUAAGUCAGAAGGAGGCGCAGGCCAUACUUGUACAGGAAGAGGGCCAUCCACAGGGGCCGGCCGACGCCUGCUGAGGCAGAGGAGGAAGCGCCUGGAAGACCGGACCCUGAGGAGCAGCCGGUCAAUGCCUUCGCCAACCGUCGCGAGAGACGUAACAAGAUGAAGAUGUCUGUGUGGGAGCAGCGGGCCAAACAGCUGCGCAAACGGCGCCAGAUGGCCAGUCGUGAGGUGCUGUUCGGCAGCCCCACUGAGGACCCUACGGACACCCCAGUUAGCCAGCCGCACACAAUGUCCUCCGUGUCCCCUGAGACCAGCCCAGCACAUCUGCCUGAGUCACCUAUGUCAGUGGUCAUACCUUUGCCGGAACCACCCAUGUCCAUAUCGAUUCCCCUCCCAGAACCCCCGGAGUCUGAGCCGCCGCCCCUCGUGGGCUCUGGAGCAGAGGAGAGGCCCGUGCCUCAUCGCUCCAACACUGAGAGGAGGCACCGUGUGGCCCGAAAGUUUCGGGCGGCUGCAGCUGCAGGGGUCGUCCAAGGAGGGAGGCAUCGAAGGCACAGGCACCGGGAGUCCAGAUCAGAGUCCAGAAGCACAGACACCUCUCAGCCGUGUGGCAGUGGAGAGGAACAGUUUACUGAAGGAGGAGAUGAUGCAGAGGCCUUGCAGUCGAGGAGAAGCAUGGACGAGAAUGAGCCAAUCAUGCCCAACCAGCAAACCGAGCUUGAGGACGAGCAACAAAGGGACGGUACCUGCGAUGUUGCCACGGUCUCGCAGUCGUCUGACCCAGCAGAGCGAGAGUCUGGCCUGCCCUGUACCUGCACAGGGCUCGGUGAGGAGGGAGAGACCCCAACCUGCCCGCAUCACCGAGCAGACAAUACAGCGGAGCUUGAUUACCUCUCAGAGGAAGCCAUUGACAACGAGAACAAUGCCAGCUAUUUAAACCAGGGGGAACCACUGACGGAAACUAGCAUUAUCCGAGAGAUGUCGGCACAGCCUCUGUUGGAGUUGACACCAAUGACUGUCAGUUUCAAGGACGUGGAAGCGGGUCAUUCAGAAAAGUCAGAGCACCAAGAUGACGAUGAUGAGGAUGAAGAUGAGCCAACAAAAGCUGUCCCAACUGUUCCACCAGACAGCAUGUUCAUCUUUAAAAGCAAAAACCCGAUUCGAAGGAUAUGCCACUAUGUGGUAACCCUGCGGUAUUUCGAGAUGACCAUUCUUCUUGUGAUUGUGGCUAGCAGCAUUGCACUGGCUGCCGAGGAUCCUGUAUGCACCAACUCCGAGCGCAACCGGGUUCUCCGCUACUUUGAUUAUGUUUUCACAGGUGUCUUUACAUUUGAAAUGAUUAUAAAGAUGAUUGACCAAGGCCUAAUUCUGCAUGACGGCUCAUACUUCCGGGACUUGUGGAACAUUCUGGAUUUUAUUGUGGUGGUUGGAGCUCUUAUUGCCUUUGCUCUCACGAAUGUUAUGGGAAACAACAAAGGCAGAGACAUCAAAACUAUUAAGUCACUGCGAGUCCUGAGAGUUCUCCGGCCUUUGAAGACCAUCAAACGGCUCCCAAAGCUGAAGGCUGUAUUUGAUUGUGUGGUGACUUCGCUGAAGAACGUCUUCAACAUCCUCAUCGUCUACAAGCUCUUCAUGUUCAUCUUCGCUGUCAUAGCAGUGCAGCUGUUCAAAGGGAAGUUCUUCUACUGUACAGACGGGUCCAUGGGCACUCAGAGAGAAUGCCAAGGCUACUACAUUGAUUACGGACGGGACAGGAAGGAGGUGAAGAAGAGAGAGUGGAAGAGGCACGAGUUCCACUAUGAUAACGUUAUGUGGGCGCUGCUCACGCUCUUCACUGUGUCCACCGGAGAGGGCUGGCCGCAAGUUCUUCAACACUCAGUAGACGUGACUGAGGAAGACCACGGCCCGAGUCGAGGCAACCGCAUGGAGAUGUCUGUCUUCUACGUUGUGUAUUUUGUAGUCUUCCCCUUUUUCUUUGUGAACAUCUUUGUCGCUCUUAUCAUCAUCACGUUCCAGGAGCAAGGGGACAAAAUGAUGGAGGAGUGCAGCUUGGAGAAAAAUGAGAGAGCCUGCAUAGACUUUGCUAUCAGUGCAAAGCCUUUCACUCGAUACAUGCCCCAGAACAGGCAGACCCUCCAGUACCGACUCUGGCACUUUGUGGUUUCACCAUCGUUUGAGUACACAGUUCUGGUCAUGAUCGCACUCAACACUGUGGUCCUCAUGAUGAAGUACCAUUCUGCCCCAGCGGCCUAUGACACAGUGCUGAAGCACUUAAACACAGCCUUCACCGUGCUCUUCUCGCUGGAGUGCAUCCUGAAGAUCAUGGCCUUUGGCCUCAUAAACUAUUUCAGAGACACGUGGAACAUCUUUGACUUCAUCACUGUGCUGGGCAGCAUUUCUGAGAUCAUUGUAGAUUUACAGUCUGUUAACACCUUUAAUAUGAGUUUCCUGAAGCUGUUCCGUGCAGCCAGGCUUAUUAAACUCUUGAGGCAGGGCUACACAAUCCGAAUCCUUCUCUGGACCUUCGUACAGUCCUUUAAGGCUCUUCCAUACGUGUGUCUGCUCAUCGCUAUGCUCUUCUUUAUCUACGCCAUCAUUGGCAUGCAGGUGUUUGGAAACAUUAAGCUGAAUGAUGAGAGCCACAUAAACCAACACAACAACUUCAAGACCUUUUUCAGCGCCUUGAUGCUGCUUUUCAGGAGUGCAACAGGGGAGUCUUGGCAGGAGAUCAUGCUGUCAUGUUUGGCGGGUCAGGAGUGUGAGCCUGACCCUUCCAUCGCCCCACCGUUUAUCUCUCCUGAUCACGAGGGUGGCUGUGGCACUGACUUUGCCUAUUUCUACUUUGUUUCAUUCAUCUUCUUCAGUUCUUUCCUGAUGCUAAAUCUCUUCGUAGCUGUGAUCAUGGACAACUUUGAGUAUCUGACGCGGGAUUCCUCCAUUCUUGGACCACACCAUCUGGAUGAAUUUGUCCGGAUCUGGGGGGAGUUUGAUCGAGCAGCAUGUGGCCGAAUCCAUUACACUGCCAUGUACGAGAUGCUAACACAUAUGUCGCCCCCUCUUGGACUUGGGAAGAAAUGUCCAGCAAAAAUUGCCUAUAAGAGACUGGUACUGAUGAACAUGCCUGUGGACGAGGAUAUGACCGUCCACUUUACCUCCACACUGAUGUCACUGAUCCGCACAGCCCUGGAGAUCAAAAUCGCUCGAGGUGGAGAAGACCGGGUGCAGUUGGACACUGAGCUGCAGAAGGAGAUCAGUGUGAUCUGGCCACAUCUGUCCCAGAAGACCUUGGACCUGCUGGUGCCUAUCAAUAAAGACACAGACAUGACCGUUGGUAAAAUCUAUGCCUCCAUGAUGAUUAUGGAUUACUUUAAACAGAGCAAAGCCAAGAAGCUGAGACAGCGAGCUGAGGAGCAGUCAAGCAGCCCCGCUCUUCCUUUAAUAUCUCACAGUGCAGGCUCAGCCUUAACCAGUGGUGGCUUCGUGGCUCUGAGUCCAAUAUCACCCCAAGAGCUCUUAAUGCAGCCAGCGACAACUAACCGUGAAGACAGUGAGGAAUACCAAGGAUCUGCUGCGGAGGAGCAGGAAAUGAAUGGAUUGUGGGAAGAGGAGAAGCCUCCUGAGCGUUUGUACCGACCCAGACACAAGAGCUACAAAGCUGCAGUGUCACAUUCAGAGCAAUCCCACCAGGCGGAAAGGGAGCGAGGCCGGUCCAAGGAACAGCGCCAUCUGCUGUCCCCCAACAACUCCCGCUUUAACUCAAAUGAGAGAAGUUCAAAGUCUUGCUCACGCUCACCCAGUGAGGAAAGAAGACAUGGCCUCACCCGACAGGGCAACAGCUCGGACAGCCCCGUUCCCUCCACCUCAGAGUCGAGCACCCCGAGUGGGAAGCGUCGGCUGUCUCAGACGCCCACCCGCACACACCCCCACAUCUCCUACUCGCCCCUGGUGUGCCACACUCACCCUUCCUCGCAGGCCGACGAUGAGGAGGAGGAGGAGGAGCAGAGCGGGCCACCCAUGCUGGGGUGCUGCAGCAAUGCCCUGUGGGACGAAAAUGCGGAGGAAGAGGAGGAGGUGAGGGUGGAGGAGGAGGAGGAGGAGGAGGAGGAGGAGGAGGAGGAGGAAGAGGGCACGCGCUCAGAACAGGACGAGUUCCUCGGCUCCGCCGCCCGCCGUUACCCUUCAGAACCCUACCUCGCCCUGCAGGAGGAGGAGCACAGCCCUGACUCCUCCGCCCCCAUGGAGACUCUGACCUUUGAGGCGGCGGUGGCCACCAGCCUGGGACGCUCCAACACCAUCACCGCCUCGGUGCGCACCCGUUCCCGUCUGGGCUGGCAGGUCCCCAACGGACACUUCCGCAAGCGGCUGGCCCAGAGCAUCUCCGUCGCCGGCUGCGAGCCUCUGAGCGACACGGAGGAUGACAAAUACUAGACACUGCAAGGUAGAGACAACAGGAAGAACACUAAAGGACAUUGGAGGAUAUCGAGAAGGACGCUGAUAUCCCCAUGGAAAGACAGGUGUGGCAGCAACCGGAGCCGCGUCAUUGAAUAUACUGUAAUGUACAAGUCCAAUGUGUUCAAGUGAAAAAGGAGGAGUGCUGAGAUUUUAACCUUUUUAAAACAUUUAAGCAGUUGUAUUGUCUUGUUUCUAGAAUGAAAGUUCAAGGAGGGAAACCUGUACAUUCGAAAAAACCCGGCGUUAACCAGACUAAAGAGCUUCAUCAUCUGCGGGAGAGAUUCGGCCGAGAUUAUCUCUGUUUAAACUGAGAAUUGCUGAUCGAUUUCAUUUUCUUUUGCACAGUAAACUGUUUAAAUCGAAGUAGGCUAUAUGUUGCAGAAUUUGAAUGUAAGGAAAUGAAAUUCAGUUCCAUGAAUUCAGUUCUACUGCCACAUUACGUUUCUCUAUCAACGAUGUUUACUUUAUUUAACGACACACUGAUGCACAAAGAUGUGCAGAACAUUAUUUUAUUUCACUUUAAACCAUGCAACAAGAUAUUUUUGUGAGCUCAUUCACUGGCUCGAGAAUUAGAGCAUAAAUGCAUUCACAGUAUUGGAUUCAUUUCAAUUUCUAAACAUUUGUACAAUCUGAGAAAUAAAAGAAACCAACUAACAGUUUGGCGUUUAUUGUGGUAAAAUAUUCCGAUGGCCUGUAUAAGCCAAGCUAAGUCAAGAUGCUUCUUUAGACUUGCAUUUUCAAUAGAGCACAGAAGAGUGCAGGGGAGCUACUAAUGCACAUCCUUUGAAGUCUAACCUUGAUUAUGCACUGACAUUAUAACCAGUGAGGACCUCAGGGAAUAUCACAAAUCUUAUGUGUCCCAAUUUCAGAUAUAAAUUUGAGUUCCACAGAAAUUUGUUCCUAAUAAAAGAGCAAUCAGGGACUUUUUGUUCAUGAAAACUUUAUCACAUACGUAUACAAAAUAAUGGUAGUGGAUAUGCAAUGUUAUGUGGUAAUGAGAAACAUUUCCAGCCAUCUUUCCUUUAACACCUUUAUUUUCUACAGCGGUCAAGUUGACAUUGGAGAUUACUUUAUAUUCUGAUGUAAAUCAAGAAGCCAGCAUAUAAAAACAUUGCUUAUUGAUUGUUAUAGAGAUUAAACUGUCAGCAUGACAAGA